CCUGGCAAUGCCGACAUGUGCCAAAAAAUGAAGGCCAAGUACACCCCAAGAGCUGACCGGAUGAUCUUGCCAGAGCAUUCAUCCCGGCCAUUCGAAGUAAUACAUCUUGAUUUUGCCGAGCUCAGGAAGAAAUCCGACAUCGUAAGGAAAACUCAAGCGUUCCUACUGGCCAUCGAUGAACACACCCGCAUAGUCAACACCCGCCCAGGGGGGGAAGACUCAGUCAGUGUGAUCACGCUGCUCACAAGGGAUAUCUUCAAGAACACAAAGGUGAUCGUUUGUGACAACGGCCCUGCGUUCACAAGCAAACGCCUCGCCGCAUGGCCCCAAGAGAAGGGCAUCCAGCUGAAGUUCACAGCCCCGUACCACCCCGCGGCAAACGGCAUGGCUGAACGCGCGAUUCGGGACGUGAAGCAGUUCGUUCAGCUAUAUCCAGACUUCCCCGGAGGAUGGAAGACCUGCCUGGAAGCGGCUACGCACCACCACAACCGCUCAUACAACCAAGCAAUCGGUUGCUCCCCACAUUUUGCCAUGUACGGUGUUUCACCUGUCCUACAGGCCGACCGACUGCUGGGCAUCGCCGACAACGUCUCUCUGAACGAGAAACGCAGGACACCCUCACAGAUUCAUCGAUACAGACAGGCUAUGAAGGAGCACUUCGAUCGCCGUCACAGUCACCGCAUUCCAGACAUAGUCGUGGGCGACCUCGUCCUCAUUCGUAAAGGCACACUGGACAGGGCGCCGCCACAGGGACCAUUCGUGGUGGUCCAAACCGCCUCGAAGCAGGGGGUACUAAAGACUAUUGGAUACAGACUUCCGGAAGACGACCGAUUGCACAUUGCCUCUAUCAGCAAUAGUCUGAAAUACAAUCCCAGGAGGGAUUACUCCAGACCCCCGGGGCCUAUGUAAGGUGCCAACGAGGAGGACGAGAGGGUGGGGUCACGAGGAAGAAAGAAGAGGACACAGUUUUGGACUAUUGGGUUCCUUCGAGAAGGAACGUAACAUCCAGCAUACCAAACCUGAGUGCCCUCGAGCUUCGGAUAAUCGAACGGUCACGCCGGCAAAACUUCUGUUCGUAUGACAGCACGCCGGAGAGUCAACACGACACGAUGCCAUCCGCGGAGUCGUCGACGGAGGACGAAUUGCCUCCAUCGCCGUCGCCUGACCGCGUUGGGAACAGUCUUUGGUGUACUUGCGGCAAAUGUGUACCGAUGCCGACAGCAGAGGAAUGCCUUUGUUGCCGCGAAGUGAACGAGGCGGUACAGAAGCAACGCAGCGGUUGCAUAACAAGAAAUGAGUAUUUUGAGAUACUGUGCCUGGACACUGAGGUGCUCCAGGUGUCCUACUGCUAUGUGAGAGAAAGCGACGACUACGCCGUUAUCCGGAACAGCGAAGUAAACAAGAAGUUUAGGUACGUCGCCUACAGGCAGUUGACCAGGUGGCUCUGGGGACCGUUAGGAAAACACUGCAGGAAGGUCCUCCCAGCAUGUGCUGUACAUGCCAUAAGGGAUAAUUUUCCUUCCGAACUGUACAAAGGCUUUCGCCUUCCUGAUGUGUGAUGCAGUAGGUGUUCU